AUGAGUUUUUACCGUAAUACCAAUAACCAAUCUCAAGGCCAAAAGAGAAUAGUUCUCUCACCAGGUUUCUUUAAGGGUGGAGCUCCACCAGCAGCAGAACCCACAUCAACUUCUGACCCAAGAAGAGUUUACUCAUUUUAA